AUGGCGGGGGCCGUGCUGCUGCCACCCAGAGAAACCCGGCUGUGCUCCAUCCCACAGGGACGCAGGCAAAGGGCCCUGUCCUUGCUCCGGCGGGAAGCGGCAGCAGCAAGUUCUGAGGAGUACACUUGCCCGAGAUGCGAAUCUGGCUUUAUCGAAGAAGUCACAGAUGAUUCCAGUUUUCUAGACGGCAGUGGCAUAGACGACAGCCCGUCCACACAGUUUGCAGAGCUUUGGGACCAUUUGGACCACACGAUGUUCUUUCCCGACUUCAGACCCUUUCUGAGUAGCAGCUCACUGGAUCAAGACAGCAGGGACAACGAGAGGGGCCACCAAGCUCACGCCGACCUCUGGGGACCAAGCCGACCCCCGCGAUUGCCCAUGACGCGGAGGUACAGAUCCCGGGGCAGCUCGCGCCCCGACAGGUCUCCUGCUAUCGAAGGAAUAAUACAGCAGAUCUUUGCAGGGUUUUUUGCAAACUCAGCGAUUCCUGGCUCACAACACCCUUUUUCCUGGAGCGGGAUGCUGCACUCGAAUCCCGGGGACUACGCAUGGGGACAGAGUGGCCUUGAUGCCAUUGUCACCCAGCUCCUGGGGCAGCUGGAAAACACGGGACCACCUCCGGCCGACAAGGAGAAGAUCUCGUCUCUCCCGACGGUGACAGUAACUCAGGAACAAGUUGAUACGGGUUUGGAGUGUCCGGUGUGCAAAGAGGACUACACGGUAGCGGAGCAAGUGCGGCAGUUACCCUGCAAUCACUUCUUCCACAGCAACUGCAUCGUCCCGUGGUUGGAGCUGCACGACACGUGCCCCGUGUGCAGGAAGAGCUUGAAAGGGGAGGAUUCGACCCGGCAAACGCAAAACCCCGAAGCCUCAGCGAGCAACAGCUUUAGCAGCGAAAGCCAACUCCACGACCGAUGGACUUUCUGACGCUCGGGGGGGCUUCCCUGGGGGGCUCUGGCCGGAGGAUCGUUACCACAGAUGUACAUUGUAUUAUAAUUCAAACAAAAACAAACAAACAGAGUAGCAGGAAAUAUAGGGCAGGGGAGGGGGCCCACCCCGUGGUGUUACUGCAACGAGUGCUGUCUUUUCCCCGAAACUUUAAACGAGCGUCUCCGAGCGCGUCGCGUCUCCCUCGGAAUCGCCUCUUUAGUCCCAAAUUCAGGCUUUUGAGUGAUUUGACUUGAUUUUCUACUUGUGAAACCUUUACUUCAAACGUGGCCCAUCUGAAAGGGGGGGUGGGGGAGGUGG